UUAGUUUGCGCGCCUGUGUGGUCACAUGACACACACACUGAAGAUGUCUGCUACAGAGGAGGACACGGAACUCAGAGAUCUACUGAUCCAAAACUUGGAGAACAGCGGUGUUUUAAAUAAAAUUAAGGCAGAGUUACGCGCGGCUGUUUUUCUUGCAUUGGAGGAGCAGGACAAAGUUGAGAAUAAAACUCCUCUUGUGAAUGAAAACCUGAAAAAGUCCCUUAAUACAAAGGAUGGUCGCCUAGUAGCAGGUCUCAUUACUGACUUCCUGCAAGUCUUCAAUUUAGACUUCACUCUUGCUGUGUUUCAACCAGAAAUAAACACGUUGAAUGGGCUAGACACUCGAGAAAGUCUGUCUAAGGAGCUCGGCAUCUCUGAGUCAGAGGUGAAUCGAAACACCCCUCUCCUGCUGGAGCUGGUCAAGAGGGUCCGGCAAAAGGAUAAAACAUCAAUUUUCGCAGAGGGAGACAGAGCGACGGAGAGAACUUUUCCCAAGGAAUUGUCAUCCCGUCAAAUCGCUGAUGCUCGUAAAAAAUUUGACUCUUAUGACAAGAACCGAAGCGGUAGAAUAAACAGAGAUGCAAUCACAGCCAUUUUCUCAGAUCUGUUCCCUCAGUUCAGCAGAAACGUGCUGGAAAGUUUUGUCAAUGAGGACCUUGGAGACAAAAGCAAGGAGACAAGCACUACUAUAGACUUUCAGGACUUCCUAGGAAUGUACAAAUCCUUCUUCACACAGUGCCGAAGCGUGGUUACUUAUGAAAGCAGUGAUGCACUUUACCCCUCAAGUAAAAAUAUUGAGGAUAGAAUCAUGUCGUCUUUCGGCAGCAAGAUACCCAGGUAUAAAGGAUUUAAACACGGUUCAGCACAGGAACUGAACGCUGACCCAAAGGCUGGCGACAGAAGACAUGAUGAAGCACUUGGGUCUCUAAAAAACGUAGGGUCCGUUCAGGUGUCUGAUGGGGUGCUAGGUGAUGGGUUGAAUGCUCCCACCCCACUUAGAGGUACAGUGGAUUUUGGACUGGAGGUUGAGGAUGAGGGAGAAGACUCAUUUUUUGAUGAUCCUCUUCCCACACCUCAGAAGACCUAUGGCUGCAGUUCAGCAGAUAAGCCUUAUUCAGGACAGCGGCUUUCUGAAAAAAUCUAUAAUCAAAAAGAAAGUCAACUCUGGCAGAGAGAAGGAAGCCUGCCAAGGCGAUCCUUUUCCCAAAUGAGGAGGGGCACUAGCCUCAAUGACCUGUCUGCUAUAGGCAUUGAUAAAGAGGGAGAUGGAGAGGACAUGCUUUCAGACUGUGACUCUGAACCCAGGAGAGGGGCCUCGGGCAGCAUUUCAGGAAAAGCAUUCUCCACGGAUGCACUUUUAAGGAGCACGGGAGGAUCCAUCUCUGGCGAAAGCAGCAAGAUAGAUCCUGCAUCCGACAAGAAUGGUACUUCUAAAGAUAAAGGUGCCAAAGAUAUUCAAGCACUAAAUGAAAAUACUGCAUCUCCUUUGCCAGAUGACAUUGACUAUGAUGAUGACUUCAACAGUCAUCGCACUGAAAACUCUAAGAGUGAAGUGAGCAUCGAUGAGGAGAUUGAGGAAGUCUCAAUAGAGGGGCCUGACAUUAGUGAUAAGCUUGAUGAAAGCACUCAGGAUGUAAGCGUCUCGCAGAUAAGCUUGGGUGCCGACUACAUGGAAGAUGUUGCGUGACUUUUAACCCCUGACAGUCCUGUAUUUUGUACCUUAUGUAUUUAUGAAUUUACUGGUGUUGACAUAAUAAAUAAUGAAGUAACACAUGA